GCGUCUCCCCCGCGCGCCGGCGGCCGUGGUAUCGCCCAAGGCGGAAGUGGCUCCGGGAAGGAACCUGUUCGCGGGCGCAGUUAUGGCUGCGGGUGUCCCCUGCGCGCUCGUUACCAGCUGCUCCUCCACCUUCUCCGCAGACCGGCUAGUGCAACAUAUUCUUGGAACAGAAGAUGUUGUUGUGGAAGUGACUGCCAAUGAUGCUGUGAGGUUUUAUCCCUGGACUAUCGAUAAUAAAUACUACUCGGCAGAUAUCAAUCUGUGCGUGGUGCCAAACAAAUUUCUAGUCACCGCAGAGAUUGCAGAGUCUGUCCAAGCAUUUGUGGUUUACUUUGACAGCACACAAAAAUCUGGUCUUGAUGGUGUUUCCUCCUGGCUUCCUCUGGCAGAGUCGUGGUUGCCUGAGGUGAUGCUCUUGGUCUGCGAUAGAGCGUCCGAGAGUGGUGUAAACCGACAGAAAGCUCAAGAGUGGUGUAUCAAACAUGGCUUUGAAUUGGUAGAACUUAGUCCGGAAGAGUUGCCUGAGGAAGAUGAUGACUUCCCAGAAUCUACAGGAGUAAAGCGAAUUGUUCAAGCCUUGAAUGCCAACGUCUGGUCCAAUGUAGUGAUGAAGAAUGAGAGGAACCAAGGCCUUAACCUUCUCAGUUCAUUGACUGGAGCAAACCAUAGCAUUGGUUCAGCAGAGAGCUGCCACUCAGAGCAGCCCUGUGUGCCAGCAGCAGAGAGGACCGAAUCCCUCUUGGAUCAUCGAGGGGCUGCUUCUAACACAGCAGACGUGCAGGUCGAUAGCACUGUGGAUCCCAUGUUAGACCUGGACAUUCAAGAACUUGCCAGUCUUACUACAGGCGGAGGAGAUUUGGAGAAUUUUGAAAGACUGUUUUCAAAGUUAAAAGAAAUGAAAGUGUUAGAACAUCUAUGCGCUCCAGAUUCUCCUGUGCGAUUAGAUGAAUUUCUUAAGAUAUAUUUUCCCCCUAGACAAGGCUGCGACGCUUCCUCACGAGCAAAGAAAGAUGCAUGCAGAAAAGGUGGCCAAAGCCUUCUGGAUGGCAAUUGGGGGAGACAGAGAUGAGAUUGAAGGCCUUUCAUCUGAUGAAGAGCACUAAACUAUUCAUGCUAGGACUUGCCUAACUAGGACCCUAGCGCUUUCUCCCUGAGAUUCUUCUCUCCUCAACCCCAUCAUCUUUUGCUGAGCUUACCAGCACAUGUUGGCUGCCUGACUUAUUUAUAGGAUCCCGUUAAUUUUAGUUUUUAGUAGAGGGUAAAGCAGAAAUCUCUUCUCCCUCAGUAUAUUGUAAGGGAGUGAGAAGUUUUCAAAUAACAUUUUUUGUUGUAGGAAUGGGAGUGGGGUGAGCCUCAAAGGCCUGUGUGACUUGCCCAAGUUAAAGAAGAAAAACCAUCACCAAGCUUUCCUGGUCAGUCUUUUGAGGAGCAUUCCCUGUGUUCAUGUUGAUCACUGAAGAUCAAGAGUUUUCUGGUUUUCUCUUUCAAGGAGCUUGCUGCUCAAGGUUUGAUGCUUUUGGUGGGAGAAAAGGAAGAAACUGCAGAUUUAAUCUGUGCUGCAGCACAGAUUAUAGGUCAGCCACUGGCCUUCGGGUUAGUCUCUAGCUAAAAAAAAAAGCAUCUGAGUAUUUCAUUUGAAAUACAGUAUCUGACCUCCUGGUAGAAAGUAUUGAGAAACCAGUGUGAAUUUUUAGACUAUAAUAAAUGAUGCAAAGGUUUUCUACUCUGGUGGGGAUAAAAAUAAACCCUUCUCUCCCAAGUUGUGGGCGGGCGUGGGGAUGGGGGUGGGGCAUGGGUAAGAGAAGGAAUUCCCUGUAUAGGCCAUUGAAUCAGUAUGAUCCUAGCCUGAGAUUUUUGCAUUAGUAUUACCACGUAGAAACUUUUCUUUCUUAGAGUUUGCCACUUGAGAUGGCCGAGAUGUGUUGUCACAGUUGAUACCCUCAGAACAAGGGGAGCUUCCUCUUCUCUCUCUGAACUCAGAGAUCACUGCCAAACUAGUGAGACUUAAGUGGGACUUGGUGAGAAAGCACGCGAAAUGUUAAGCAGUGAAUCCCUCAGCACCUGUGUUACUUCCAGAGCUGAGGAGUUAGGUUCCAGGGACACUGACCUCCAAGGGGGAAAGUUCCCAGAAGAGUGGGAAAUACAGCAAAUGAAAUCCUUAUUUCUGUUUGUUUAGGGACUGCGUAAUGCAUGUCAUGAGCCUUCAGUCUGCCAUGGCUCUCAGCUGGCUCAGGACACAUGGGCUAAGAACUGCUGCUGGCCUGGUGUGGGUGUGAACCCCAUAGGUCACCAGCAGAAAUGAAUUUCAGACCUGCCUGUGCAACACCUUUUCAGCCCUGCAGAACCUGCUACAGAUAGCAGAAGGAAUGGAGUGCUCCAGGGUCCUGGCCAGAGCGGCCACAGGAUGGAAGGUUUCAGUGAGUGGGAGAGCCAUUCCAGGGAACACUGGAGGCUGUCUUCCUUGAUACCUUUUUUCUUUUUCUUUAACUAUUCUGAGGGUCUUUGAGACUGUAGUUUACCACCAUUCCACCACUGUUUCUUUGAGGUGACUGCAUUGGCUAUUGAUGGGGAAUGUAAGGAAAGUCAGUUCUGGGAUUGCAAAAUGAAAGGCGGAACAAGUUUUUCUUAAAAUAUGAAAGGUUUCAGAGAACACAUUAGGUCACGUGGUUUGGGAAAACAGACUAUAAAAAGCUGUGAACUUGAUCUUGUGGAUUAAACAAAGCCAGGUAUUAAAAUGUGGUUUAUUUAUAAA